GCGCCGCGGCCUCGGCUGAGGAAGGGCGGCGGCGGCGCGUAGGCCGCGGCGGAGGUCGCCCGGGGGCCGGGCGGGGAGCUGGCGAGCGCCGGGCGCCUGGGGCGGGGACAACCCAGCCCUUCCUCAGAGGGGCGCCUCCGCCCCGGGGUGAGGGGCGCACCCGGGGAAAUUCACUUGAGCCGGGAGUCGGACUCCCGCGUCUCCCUCGGCGCUUGGGCUUCAGGAGACCCUUCCCUUGGCGCGGACCAUGGUGCUGACGCUCGGGGACAGCGGCCCGGCGCUGGUGGGGAGGCGCUUCCUGAGCCUGAGCGCAGCCGACGGCGGCCCCGACAGCUGGGACGUGGAGCGCGUCGCCGAGUGGCCCUGGCUCUCGGGCACCAUCCGGGCCGUGUCCCACACGGACGUCACCAAGAAGGACCUGAAGGUGUGUGUGGAGUUUGAUGGAGAAUCUUGGAGGAAGAGAAGAUGGAUAGAAGUCUACAGUCUUCUAAGGAGAGCAUUUUUAGUAGAGCAUAACUUGGUUUUGGCUGAAAGAAAAUCUCCUGAAAUUUCUGAACGAAUUGUUCAGUGGCCAGCAAUAGUGUAUAAGUCUCUACUGGACAAAGCUGGUUUGGGGUCCAUAACUUCUGUUCGCUUUCUAGGAGAUCCACAGAGAGUAUUUCUUUCUAAAGACCUUUUGAAGCCUAUACAGGAUGUAAACAGUCUUCGACUCUCCUUUACGGAUAAUCAGAAUGUCAGUAAAGAAUUUCAAGCUUUUGUUAUGAAACAUUUGGAUGAAAGCCAUCUUUUACAAGGUGACAAAAACUUAGUUGGUUCAGAAGUAAAAAUUUAUAGUUUGGACCCAUCUACUCAGUGGUUUUCUGCAGUCAUUGUAAAUGGAAACCCAACAUCAAAAACUCUUCAAGUCAAUUGUGAGGAGAUUCCGGCACUGAAGAUUGUUGAUCCGUCACUGAUUCAUGUUGAAGUUGUACAUGAUAGCUUUGUGACAUGUGGUAAUUCUACAAGAAUUGGAGCUGUAAAACGAAAGAGUUCUGAGAAUAAUGGAAGCCUCAUUUCCAAACAAGCAAAAUCUUGCUCUGAGGCCUCCCCCAGCCUGUGUCCUGUUCAGUCUGUUCCCACAACAGUGUUUAAGGAGAUACUACUCGGCUGUACUGCAGCAACUCCAGCUACUAAAGACACCAGACAGCAGAGUACUCCCCAAGCUGCCAACUCUCCACCUAACCUUGGAGCAAAAAUCCCUCAAGGAUGUCACAAACAGAGUUUACCAGAAGAACUUUCUUCUUGUCUAAAUACGACACCUGAAAUACUGAGAACAAAAGCAGAUGUCUGCAAAGCAGGGUUGCCGUCUUCAGAAUCCUCUCAGAUUGGAACUGGAGACUUGAAAACCCUCAGUGAGCCAAAAGGUAGUUGUACUCAGCUAAAGACAGACACUGAUCAGGAAAACAGUUUGGAGUCUGUUCCCCAACCAUUAGCUGGCCUUCUGAAGGAGUGCUUACCUACAAAAGCUUCCAAGGCAGACUGGGGAGUUGCCAAUACUCCUGAACUGCAGAGGCACCUAGAAUGUACACCCCCCACAUCUGACAUCCAUGUUGCCCUUACAGAGAAGCCAGAAGUGAAAGCAGGUGUCAAUAGUGAUAGCCCUAAUAGUUGGGCUGGAAAAAAGGUGGAGCCUUCAACUUUAGGUUGCCGGUCACAGAAUUUAAAGGAAUCUUCAGUAAAAGAUAAUGAAAGCUGUUGUACAAGAAGCAACAAUAAAAUCCAGAAUGCCCCAUCCCGGAAGUCAGUUUUGACGGACCCUGCCAGACUCAAGAAGCUCCAGCAGAGCGGCGAGGCUUUUGUUCAGGACGACUCCUGUGUGAACAUCGUGGCCCAGGUCCCCAAGUGCCGGGAGUGUCGCUUGGACAGUCUCCGCAAGGACAAGGAGCAACAGAAAGACUCACCUGUGUUUUGUCGCUUCUUUCAUUUCAGGAGGUUACAGUUCAACAAACAUGGUGUGUUGCGGGUAGAAGGCUUCUUAACACCAAACAAGUAUGACAAUGAAGCAAUUGGCUUAUGGUUGCCCUUAACCAAAAACGUGGUGGGGACUGAUUUGGACACAGCCAAGUAUAUCCUGGCCAACAUUGGAGACCACUUCUGUCAAAUGGUGAUUUCUGAAAAAGAAGCUAUGUCAACUAUUGAGCCACACAGACAGGUUGCUUGGAAACGAGCGGUCAAAGGUGUUCGGGAAAUGUGUGAUGUGUGCGACACCACCAUCUUCAAUUUGCACUGGGUGUGCCCUCGAUGUGGGUUUGGAGUGUGUGUGGAUUGCUACCGGAUGAAGAAGAAAAAUUGCCAACAGGGUGCUGCCUACAAGACCUUCUCGUGGCUCAGAUGCGUGAAGAGUCAGGUCCAUGAACCGGAGAACCUGAUGCCUACACAAAUCAUUCCUGGAAAAGCCCUCUAUGAUGUUGGAGACAUUGUUCAUUCAAUAAGAGCAAAAUGGGGAAUAAAGGCAAAUUGUCCCUGUUCAAAUCGGCAAUUCAAACUCUUUUCAAAGCCAGCCUCAAAGGAAGACAUAAAACAGACAUCCUUAGCUGGAGAAAAGUCUGCUCUUGGCGCUGUGCUCCUGCAGAAUCCCUCGGUGUCGGAGCCAGCAGCUGCAGGUGGGGAUGCAGCCACUGUGCCAGCCAGCAGCAUGAAGCCUGCUUGUGCAGCCACUACAUCUCCUUUAAACUGGUUGGCAGACCUCACUGGCGGGAAUGUCAACAAGGAAAACAAGGAAAAACAACCAACAAUGCCAGUUUUAAAGAAUGAAAUCAAAUGCCUUCCCCCCCUUCCCCCUUUGAGCAAAUCCAGUACAGUCCUCCACACUUUCAACAGCACAAUUUUGACACCCGUAAGCAACAACAAUUCUGGUUUCCUCCGAAAUCUGUUGAAUUCCUCUACAGGAAAGACAGAAAAUGGACUCAAGAAUACACCCAAAAUCCUCGAUGACAUCUUUGCUUCUUUAGUGCAAAAUAAGACUUCCUCCGAUUUAUCUAGGAGGCCUCAAGGACUGACGAUAAAGCCCAGCAUUCUGGGCUUUGACACUCCUCACUAUUGGCUGUGUGAUAGUCGCUUGCUAUGCUUGCAAGAUCCCAACAACAAAAGCAACUGGAAUGUGUUCAGGGAGUGCUGGAAGCAAGGGCAGCCAGUGAUGGUGUCUGGAGUGCAUCAUAAAUUGAAUACUGAACUGUGGAAACCUGAAUCCUUCCGGAAAGAGUUUGGUCAUCAGGAGGUCGACCUCGUUAACUGUAGGACCAAUGAAAUCAUCACAGGUGCCACAGUAGGAGACUUCUGGGAUGGCUUUGAAGACGUUCCGAAUCGCUUGAAAAAUGAAAAAGAACCAAUGGUGUUGAAGCUUAAGGACUGGCCACCAGGAGAAGAUUUCAGAGAUAUGAUGCCUUCCAGGUUUGAUGAUCUGAUGGCCAACAUCCCUUUGCCCGAGUACACAAGGCGAGAUGGCAAACUGAACCUGGCCUCCAAGCUGCCAAACUACUUUGUUCGGCCAGAUCUGGGUCCCAAGAUGUACAAUGCUUAUGGAUUAAUUACUCCAGAAGAUCGGAAAUAUGGAACAACAAAUCUUCACUUAGAUGUAUCUGAUGCAGCUAAUGUCAUGGUUUAUGUGGGAAUUCCCAAAGGAGAGUGUGAUGAGGAAGAAGAAGUCCUUAAAACUAUCCAAGAUGGAGAUUCUGAUGAACUCACAAUAAAGCGAUUUAUUGAAGGGAAGGAGAAACCAGGAGCCCUCUGGCACAUAUAUGCUGCUAAAGACACGGAGAAGAUACGAGAAUUCCUUAAAAAGGUAUCAGAAGAGCAAGGUCAGGAGAACCCAGCAGACCAUGAUCCUAUUCAUGAUCAAAGCUGGUAUUUAGAUCGAGCCCUACGAAAGCGUCUUCAUCAAGAGUAUGGAGUUCAAGGCUGGGCUAUUGUACAGUUUCUCGGAGAUGUGGUAUUUAUCCCAGCAGGAGCUCCACAUCAGGUUCAUAAUUUAUAUAGCUGUAUCAAAGUGGCUGAAGAUUUUGUUUCUCCAGAGCAUGUCAAACACUGCUUCUGGCUUACUCAGGAAUUCCGCUAUCUGUCACAGACUCAUACCAAUCAUGAAGAUAAAUUGCAGGUGAAGAAUGUUAUCUACCAUGCAGUGAAAGAUGCAGUUGCUAUGCUGAAAGCCAGUGAAUCCAGUUUUGGCAAAUUCUAAGGGUCCCGGAGACGCCUUCACACCUCUGCACAACGGAAGUGAAUUCCCGGCAGCUGUUCAAACUCUUCAGGCAGGAUCCCUGUGGACUUUGAGAUUCAUGUUACCUCAUCAUCUUUUUUAAACUGUACCUGACUUGUAAAGGGUACUCUGUCUAAUGUAUAUUUCUAGUGUUUACAGACACUAAAUGUGUAUAUGUAGUAAUUAUUUACAGAACAUUCAUCCUUAAACUGUGACUUCUCACCUAGUGCAGAACUUUUACCAAGCUGUAAAAACAAAACAGUAUACCUGCAGUUAUGCCCAGCUGUUUGGCUGGACAGCUUAGUCAUAAUGGGUCUGUAACUACUGGGAAUCACUGCACAGUUUAUUUGGGUUGUAUUUUGUGUUGGGUCUGUCUGAGUACUCCCUACCCCUUAGGGUUCAGAAGAGCAAUGGAGGAAAUGACUGCUAAUGAUACAGUUCUGACUAUAUUACACAGGACUGGCAUUAUAUAGCAGAAAUAACUACUGUACACUUCUUGGGGCUAACCAUCUUUAGUUAAAUGGAAUUUUAAUUUAAAUGAAGCUUUGCUAAUUUUAAGUGUUAAGCAUUUUGCAUUAAAAUAUUCAUAUAAUA